CACCUAAUCAAUCCACAAGCUAUAGACCAAAAGCCAAGCUAUAGCAAAGCUCAACAGGUCUCAAACUCGUGAUAUUAUUAGCAUAUAUUUUAAACCCCACAGCAUGUAAAAAGGUGCUUUAUAUGCUUUAAUUUUUAGCAUUGGAGAGAUCACACAGACAGAAACUCCCAAUCAUUGGUAAAAACAAUGACCAAACAACUCCUCCACCUCUGCAGUUUUUGUUAGUUUUCAGUUGUUUGCCAAUCUAUUCAACCAAAACACCAAACCCUCUCUAAACUACCACCACACACACAAACACAGAGAGGCAACCCAAUAAAGAAAAUUUGAAAUAGAGGAGGAAACAUCAAUGCCUUCUAUACUACUCCAUUCAAAUAGAGUCCAUUGUUGAGACUCCCAUUUCAUUUCCAUCCAAAAAUUCAAUGGAAGAGUACCAAUCCAUCCCAAUGGAGAGAACAGGCAAGAUUCUCAGAAGAUCAAUCUACACUUUCUUCCAAAAUUACCAAUUCUUCACCACAACAGCUGCGCUUCUCGCCUUCCCUUUCUCGGCCUCAAUUCUCCUCUCCCAAGCUCUUCUUCUCUCCUCUUCUCUCCUUCCAACGAUUCACUUCCGCCUGAGCUCUCUCUUCGACGCUGCAGGUUUUCCUCCAUCAUUGGAAUUCUUCACCAUCCUCAAUCUCAAGCUCUCCCAAACCAUUGCUUCCUCCAUUAUUGUUCUUCCAUUCACCCUCUCCUUCCUCCUCUUCGCGAAGGCAUCAAUAAUUCAAGCACUCAAUCAUCAAAAACCACCUCUUCAGCCUUCUUUUUCUUCCAUUCUAUCACUUUACAACCCCAUCCUUGUCACACAACUCUGCAACUCAUUCGUGAUAAUCUCCGCGAAUGCAACUUGUUUUUCUCUCCUAUUCUUUGCCUUCAAUUCUCUUGAUGCUUUCGGAUACUCUUCUCCCAAUUCCCUCCUCUUCUUGUCAGCUAUCGGAGCAGUUCUUUAUUCAAUAGUCCUUGCAAAUACCAUCAUAAUCUGCAACCUAGCAUUGGUUUCAUCAGGCAUGGACAACAAAUGUGGAGGGUACCUUGCAAUUCUCAAGGCCUGUGUUCUGAUCAGAGGAAGAACUGCAACCGCUCUAUCACUGACACUGCUUGUCAGUAUGGCCUUGGCUGCAGUUGAAGCCCUUUUCCAAUACCGGAUCAUGAGACCUUUUCAUCAAGCUGCAAAUCCUACUUACUCCAUGGCUCUAGAGGGUAUGUUCAUUGCUUACUUGUACUCCAUCCUCAUUGUUAUCGAAACCAUUGUGUGUGUUGUGUUCUUCAAAAGCUGUAAAAUGGCUUAUUGGGUAGAUCAGAAGAGUAGGCACUCUUACCGGAUUGAUAUUGAAGGGGAAGCUGGUCUUGCUUCUGCAAAUGUAAAGACCAUAGAAGACCUUCCAUGAAUCUAUUUACGACAAAUCAAGAAGAUCAAACCAUUCUGUCAGUCAUAUCAGGAAAAGGGUAUAUAUAUAUAUAUACACACACACACAUCAAUUCAUACAAAUAAGCAGCAGGUAUGUGCAGAUUACUCCGUUGCUCAAGGAAAAGGCUAUUCAUUGAUUCAUACAAGCAAUUCAGAGUGAAAAUGUUCAAAUUUGAAGUACAUUGACAUAUAGCUUAAAGAAAAUGGAUGGAGCAACUUUUCUCAAUCCUCUGUUUCAUACUUCAUUUGGUUCUUUGUUUUUUUGUAUAUUGGUAGCUUUUUUCUAUAAUUUGUAAAAGAAAUUUCAAGAGGGUAUAUGUUAAGUUGGGUUUGUAAUGAAAUUCAAUAAUGCAAAUGACAAGAAUGUCAAAACCAAAUUAUAAUGUGACCACAAAUUAAUAAAACUGAAUUUGAUCAAGAAUAUCUAGUUACAAAUUCAGCAUUGAUAUAAGAAGUUUUUCAGGAGCCAUAUAGUGAUUCUGUUUCUUACAUGA